GAACAAUGGAUGGUCCGAUAAAGCUGACAUCAACACGGGUGGUGGGCAACCGGAGACAAAUCUACAUCUCCCCUGCAGCGGAGAAAAUCAUCUCCGACCUCCCGCCUCGCUCUGUGGACGUGGUGUCAGUGGUGGGACCCAUGAGGAAGGGAAAGUCUCAUCAGGCAAAUCUCCUCUGCAAAAAGAAGUCCGGUUUUCCACUUGGAGACGAACUGACGUCGAAAACGAAGGACUUCUGGUUCUGGAUCGGUCCCCAUCCAGUCCAGUCUGACCGGUAUCUCAUGGUUGUCGACACUGAAGGCCUGGGGGACUACUCUGAUGAGGAACAGAAAGACAAAGACAUGAAGAAUCUUGUUUUGGCCACCCUGCUGUCCAACCACUUGGUCUUCAACCUCCAGGGCAACGCAGACAGCGGCUUUUUGUCUAAUCUGAGGCUGAUGGGGGAUCUGGCAGACUGUAUCCGUGUUCAAAAAGACGGCAGCGACGAAGGAAACAACCUUGGCGAGCACUUCCCCGAACUGUGGGUCGCCAUACAAGACGUGCACCUGAAAUUACCACAGACAAACGGAAGACGCCUGACCCCAGAUGAGUACUUGGAUGACAUGUUGAAGCCGAAAGAUGGCCACACAAAGGCGGUCCGCUCCCACAACGACAUGACGGCCGCGGUGAAGGCUUUUUUCCCAAAGCGGCAUCUCCGACUGAUUCCUACACCUUCCGGAGAGCCGGAUGUCUUGAGCAACCUUGACAAAGUACAGGACGGUGAUCUGAAGAAGGAUUACAAAGAUGCUGUUGACAACUUCACCCGUGAGAUCUGGAACUCCGGCCAGGUCAAGAGGGUGAAAGGAGAUGACAUCAAAACCACAGGUCUUCUCCAUAUCAUGCAGUACUAUGUCAACGCCAUCAACGACCCGAACGCCAUGCCGUCUGUCCUGGGCGCAUACGAGGCCAUGGCAGAAGGCGAGUGCCGUCGGGCUUCAGAGGAACAGAUCAAGACCUUCCAACAGACCGCUGAGAAGACGGUGAAGCCACUCAUGCCAACUGACGAGGCGACCUGCAACAGCAAAAUCAGGGCUGCCAUGGAGAAUGCAGUUACCAAGCUGUCUGCAGAUGUGGGGAAGUGGGACAAAGGCGGAACAUGGAAGAAAUCUCUGCAGGGUAAACUCGAGAAGGAACGCCUUGCCUUGAUCAGUCUUAACAGCGCCAAGUCUAAGGAUCUCUGCGAGAAAAUCAUCAAAGAAGUCGACCAACCCAUCCGACAGAAAGUGGGGAGAGGUGUCUACAACAGAAUCGGUGGAUUCAAUACAUACGUACGGGACACGGAUGCUGUGUACAGCGCCUACAGGCAAAAAGCUUCUGGAAAAGGCCCAGCGGUCGAGAAAGUACUGGAGACAUUCCGCACUACAGAGACGACAAGAAGGAACACCAUCAAGGACACAGACAACAAGCUGGUGGCGGAAGACCUUCGGAAACAAGAGGCUAAGGCAGCAGCAGAAAGAGCCGCUGAAAAGGAGAGACUGGCAAGGGCUGAAGCAGCGAGGGCCGAGGCUGAGAGAGCUGCGGAAGCAGCGAAGCGACGGGCCGCAGAGGAGGAAGCGAAGAGACAGGCAGCUGAAGCUGAAGCUGCCAGGCAGGCACAGAGGGCGGCGGAGGAAAGGGAACGGAGGCACCGAAAAAAGAAGAAGUUUUUAGGAAUCUUUUAGACGAGGUAUUGCCUAUCUCGUUCAGUAUCUGAGUAGGAUACUGGUAAAAACAAAGAAAAUAGAAGCGUGCUUUGCAGUAUUAUCAUGUGGGAGAAGGUUUGCACAAGAAAAGUUAGUGGUGGCUUUUAAUAAUUGUGAUUAGCUUGUUAUCAUCGUUUCUGAAGGCGAAGAAAGGUUCUUCAAAACAUGCAAGGCUUAUGGUGUAUUCAAGUAUAUGCAUAUUAUAGCAUGUGGUACAAAUGUACUGUAUAAAAGUGACUCUUGUCUGUAGGCAAAGGCAUUAUGUAGUGUGUCUAGAAUACAGCGAACGCGAAUGUGUCGUCUUGAGGUCGAUAACAUUGUCAUAUAAAACUCAACAAUAUCAAGCACUGUUCAAGUCAUGGUUUCAAACUACAUGUUCGAAAAUAGGUUCUGUUUAUUGGUGAAAUUUCACAAAUAAUUUCUGUCAUCGAAAGUGUCAAUCUACAGAUAUACUAACUGUCGUGGUUCACUCCAUGUUUCACUGUGUUAAAAUUUCUUCUAAAAAUACGUCACUAGCAUAAGAAGAAGUACUUUGGGGCUAAUAUAGUUUCACUAUUACACUGGCUUUAAUAAAUGCAUUGUAAUGACGAUACCAAGAUGUCUGUCAUACGUAGUAGAGAUUUUACACCAAUAAAAUCGUGUAGAACCAAGCGGCUCCCCUGGCGGUCAAUCUCAUA